AUGACUUAAGAAAUUAUUAACAUUACAGAAGACGGUGGUAUCACCAAGCAAAUUCUUCAAUAAGGUGAAGGAGACGAAUAUCCAUAAGCUGGUUAGACUGUUGAAGUUUUAUACACUGGAAAACUUCUUGAUGGAACAGAAUUUGAUUCAAAUACUAAUAGAGAUGAUCCUUUUUCUUUCACAAUUGGCAAAGGUUAGGUUAUCAAAGGAUGGGAUUUAGGUGUUGCUACAAUGAAGAGAGGUGAAAAGGCUGUCCUUACCUGCACAGCUCCUAAUGCCUAUGGUGAAACUGGAAGUCCCCCUAGAAUUCCUCCUAAUGCUACUUUACAAUUUGAAGUUGAAUUGAUUGACUUCCGCGAGAGAACUAAAACAAAAUGGGAUUACUCAUUAGAAGAAAGAGUUGAAAUUGCCAAAAAAUACAAAGAUGAGGGUAAUGACGCUUUCAAAAAAGGUGAUCUUGAAGAAGCUGAUGUUUUAUACGAUUAAUGUAUUGAUUACGUUGAUUUUGGUGAAGAUGUUAAUGGUUCUCUUGAACUUAAGUUCACUGCUUACCUUAACCAAGCAACAGUUUAUAAUAAAUAAAAAAAAUGGGACAAAGCUAUUAAGAAUUGCACUAUUGUUAUUGAAAAGCAACCUAAUAACAUCAAGGCUUACUUCAGAAGAGGUACUGCUAGAAUGAAUUAUGGUUUCUUAGAUGAGGCUAAAGCUGAUUUCCAUAAAGCACAAGAAUUAGAUCCUAACAAUGCUGAAGUUAUCAAUUCUUUGAAAGUUCUUGCUUAGAAGUAAAAAGAAGCCAAUGAAAAGCAAAAGAAAAUGUGGGGUGGCCUUUUUAAAAAUUCAUAUUAUGACGACUAAAAAUAAACUAUUGUAGAAUUCUCUGAUCCUAGUAAUCCUGUUGUUUUCUUUGAUAUUCAAAUCGGAGAAGAAGAACCUUAGAGAGUUGAAUUUGAGCUUUUCAAGAAUAUUGCUCCUAAAACUGCUGAAAAUUUCCGUGCCCUUUGCACUGGAGAAAAAGGUACUGGCGUUUCAGGAAAGCCUCUUCAUUAUAAGGGAUCCAUAUUCCACCGUCUUAUUAAAGAUUUUAUGAUUUAGGGAGGUGAUUUCACUAACUCUAACGGUACUGGAGGUGAAUCAAUUUAUGGCGCCAAAUUCCCUGACGAAGACUUCAAAGCAAAGCAUACUAAGAGAGGUUUACUCUCUAUGGCUAACAGUGGUCCUAACACAAACGGAAGUUAGUUCUUUAUCACCUUUAAAAAAACAGAAUGGCUCGAUGGUAAGCACGUAGUUUUUGGUGCUGUAACUAAAAAUAUCGAAUUCCUUGAUAAACUUGAAAACUCUCCUUGCGAAGGCGAAAACCCAUCUCCAAGCAUUAAAGUUGUUGACUGUGGUGUCGUUAAAGCUUGA